AUGAAGGGACAUGGAAAGGGGCAAAGUAGCUCCGCAGGUUCCAUGUCAGAGAGCAAACUAAGGGUUGCUAUUGUUUCUACAGACAAGUGCAAACCGAAAAAGUGUCGACAAGAAUGUAAACGCAACUGCCCGGUAUCAAAAACAGGAAAACAAUGCAUUAUUGCCGAUCCUACUAGUAAAAUCGCAUUCAUCUCGGAAACUUUGUGUAUCGGUUGCGGUAUCUGUGUUAAGAAAUGUCCGUUCGAAGCCAUCACAAUUAUCAACUUACCACGUGAUUUGGGCAAGGACACCACACACAGAUUCGGACCAAAUACUUUCAAAUUACACAGACUGCCGGUACCGAGACCGGGACAGAUAUUAGGGCUCGUAGGGACCAAUGGUAUCGGCAAGUCGACGGCAUUGAAGAUACUAUCGGGGAAGCUUAAACCAAAUUUAGGAAGAUUCACGAACGAGCCCGAAUGGCAAGAAAUAUUGCAAUAUUUCCGUGGAUCUGAAUUACAAAGCUAUUUUACAAGGAUCCUUGAAAAGAGCAUGAAAACUGCAGUAAAACCACAAUACGUAGAUAAUAUACCAAGACAGGUAUCUGGACGUGUUGGAGAGAUAUUAGAAUCGAAGGACAAACGUGGUAGAGCUGAGGAUUUAAUUAUUACACUGGAGCUUGCUCACCUACUCAACAGACAGGUUUCUGAGCUAUCAGGAGGUGAACUGCAGCGGUUCGCUAUUUGUGUGGCAGUAUUAUGUGAUUGCGAGGUUACCAUGUUCGAUGAACCUAGCAGUUACCUUGAUAUCAGGCAACGUAUCAUCGCAGCACGUGUUAUAAGGGAAACUGUAGACCAUGAUAAAUAUGUCAUCGUGGUAGAACACGAUCUGUCAGUGCUGGACUAUAUGUCCGACUACAUCUGUUGCCUUUGGGGGAAACCAUCAGUAUACGGUGUAGUAACAUCCCCGUUCAGUGUUCGUGAAGGGAUCAACAUAUUUUUGGAUGGUUUUGUGCCCACAGAAAAUUUGAGAUUUAGAGAGGAAUCACUAUGCUUCAAAGUUGCCGCAGAUGUGGAUAUGGAAGAAAUAGAACGACUACACAAUUAUACAUACCCAGAGAUGAAGAAAACAUUGGGGACGUUCACUCUAACAGUAUCUGCUGGAGAUUUCUUUGAUUCAGAAAUCUUGGUCAUGCUUGGUGAAAAUGGUACCGGAAAGACCACAUUCAUCAAAAUGUUAGCUGGAAUAUUAGCAGCUGAUAACUCUGACGCUGAGGCCGCUAUGCCGCGCCUUUCAAUUAGCUACAAGCCACAGAUCAUCACGGCAAAAUUCGAUGGCACGCUCCGUCAGCUACUAAUGAUGAAAGUCAAAGAGGCGUUCAGCAACCCAAUGUUCCAGACCGACGUAAUCAAACCGUUGCAAGUGGAAGAGCUAUAUGAUCAGCAAUUGAAGAAUUUAUCAGGUGGUGAGCUCCAACGUGUAGCGUUGAUCUUGGUACUGGGCAAGCCGGCAGAUAUCUAUCUAAUCGACGAACCAUCGGCUUACCUGGACUCUGAGCAACGUAUUAUGGCAAGCCGUGUAAUCAAACGGUUCAUAUUGCAUCAGAAGAAAACUGCCUUUGUUGUUGAACACGAUUUCAUCAUGGCCACAUAUUUGGCGGACCGUGUGAUUGUAUUUGAAGGUCAACCUGGUGUAAAUGCUACUGCGAUGUCACCAGAACCACUGGUUAUCGGAUUUAACAGGUUCCUGAAGUCGCUUGAUGUCACUUUCCGACGUGAUCAAGUUAACUUCAGGCCUCGUAUAAAUAAACACGAUUCGGUUAAGGACAAGGAACAGAAGGCUUCUGGAAACUAUUUCAGUGUAGAAUCUUAA